UUUACCAAUGUUAGCUGUCUUAGCGGGAAGUGAUAUAUAUCAGAGGUAUUGCAGUAUAAUCUCUUUAUUUGUUGCGAAAAUAGGAAAAGUCUUACUCGUUUUCGCAAAUGAUUGUUACAUAGUGCUCUAGCUGACUUGCAGAGAAACACGUACAUUGAGUUGGCUAGGGCGCCAGGGAUCAUUCCAGGAAAAUGUCAGGGAUUGCCGUUAGUCGGUUGUCAGAGGAACGCAAAGCUUGGAGAAGAGACCAUCCAUUUGGCUUCAUAGCUAGACCUACAAAAAACCCAGAUGGCUCUCUCAACCUUAUGAACUGGGAGUGUGCUAUUCCUGGAAAGAAAGGGACACCAUGGGAAGGAGGAUUGUAUAAAAUCCGAAUGCUCUUUAAAGAUGAUUAUCCUUCAACGCCUCCAAAAUGCAAAUUUGAACCGCCACUCUUCCACCCAAACGUGUAUCCGUCGGGAACAGUGUGUCUUUCGAUCCUUGAGGAGGGUAAAGACUGGAGACCGGCCAUCACUAUCAAGCAGAUUCUGCUCGGAGUUCAGGAUCUGUUGAACGAUCCCAACCUGAAAGAUCCAGCGCAGGCAGAAGCAUACACGGUUUACUGUCGAGAUCGCAACGAAUACGACAAGCGAGUGCGACAACAGGCAAAACAGUUUGCUUGCUCCGACAUAUGAGGGUGACAGCAUUGGGAGUACAUGAUGGGUUACAGCCGUGGUGUACGAGAAAAACAGAAGCAAAGGUUCAGCAAUGCCUAGCAUUGCGAACACAUGAAUUUGGUGUAAGCGUCUGGUUUUUUUCAGCAUUUUUCAUCCAGUGGUAGGCAUUGCCCACGUGGUUGCGUUUAAACAGUUAAAUGUUGUGGAUUUCAAACAAUGUCAUAGUGUUCCACAGUUCAAUCCAAGUGCUUUACUCGACGGGGAGUUUGACUGGUGUUUCUCGUCUGGCGUGGAAGCGAGGUGCAAAAAUACAGAGGUGUUACGUGUAGAAAGUCUGGCAACACCCUGUACCUAACACGAGGCCAGCAGUCAGACUGCUCAUAUGGGCAAAUCAUGGAUGGUGAUUUGAGUUGAGUGAGUGCUUAUGUUGUUGAGAUUUGACCUCAGCUGGUUAUGUGGGUGUGAGUGAAAAACACUCGCAAGCCCUCUUACAGAUGGCAGGCAAGGCCCUCACACGGUCAAAUAAGUUAUUAAAUAAUUUGAUUGAUAUCUGUUGUAUUUUGUCAUACUCGUACUGUUGUUAUUAAAAAAAUACAUGCGGCUGCGGUGUAAUGGUAGCUGCAGUGCACUUCUGUUGUAAUGAGGUGGCGCUACUGUCUGUAGGAAGGUUACCCUCUCGGCUAACUACUACGUGCCACAUCUUGCAGGUUAACGUUUUAUCACAAUAGUGGAUGAGGAAAGGUAAUCUUUCUGGCCGCGUUAUAUGCAACGGCCCAUAUAGUACAAAUUAGUAUUGCUGUUCUCAAAAGUUGUAAUUGACGGAAAUCGGAUGAACGUUGCACCAGAUCAGUUACAUUUAUAGUCAGUGAGUUGAGCAUCCAUUAACCAGUCGUAUGCACCAGCCCAUAGUGCCAGUGUUCAAUGGAAAGGUGUAGCAUGUUUGCACAAGAAUCGAUAGUAGUGCAAUCUCAUAUUGCUGAGUGUGAUUAGCAAUAAGCGAUAGAUAUAAGGGUAAGCGCUCCAUCUUGCACUGUUAACUCCAACAACUUUGCUGCUUUUAUCACAAUUUCACAUCCACUACUGUGUUCAGAUGCAGCAUCGUGUAAAUUACGAUGGUGUCAGAGUCACGCUAGGUCUUUCGAGUUGUCCGUGUAUUGGUGCACCAAAUCUGCAUUCGGUUGCAAUCCGUUCGACGCGAAGUGAGGAUAGGUUGUCGCAAAUUACAAUGCUACGAUUGGCUUCAACGUUCCUGCAUCCAGUGGAACCGAGGGCUUUUGCUGUAGUAGCUGUUGUCUUGGUUUUCACACACAUGUAUAAAGAACUGGGAUAAUUUUCCACGACCACCCCAGUGUUGCUGUACAAGUGUCAGGUGCUCCCCGACCGUGAAAUGUAAGUGUGACCAUGACCGAUUCACAGUCUGUACUUUUUUCGGCUACUGACUGCUCCCGAUUGCCCACAGGACAUCAUGACCACGAGAAUUGAGGGGGAAGAUAGAAGGAAGCAGGUACCCAACUUAAUACCAUUUGAACCUCUACAUGUCAAGUUUAACCUCGCGCGUCUUGGCCACAUUCCUCCCGCAGAUGCUCUUGUCAACGGUUUGAUCGUGGCAACAAACCUCUAGAUCAGCGUGACAGUAUGCAAAACCAUCACUGUAUUUUCAAUCAAUUUCUCUAUCUGGAAACGUUUUGUAAAAUAGUUAUGUGUAUAAAAUAUAAAGCUAAAACAGCAUAAUAAAAAAAUUUUGUACAUAU